AGCGACCACCACCACGGGUGUAUAAGCGACCACCACCACGGGAGUAAAAGCGACCACCACCAUCACGGGAGGCAAACAUGGCUCUCGCCCGGCUCUUUUCUGCUCAGUGUACUCUGGCUCGAGCCCUGCUCCUCCCUCACACACACACGCCGUGUGUGUUGUCAGUGGCAUGCAAGCAGACUGUUGCCGAACAGCUUGGUCUUCCUAACCCACCCAAACGACCCUUGUCUCCAUAUUUACGAUUUAUACAACAGUAUUAUGAAGAAAACAAAGCAAAGUUUCCCAAAUUGUCUUCAAAAGAAAUAUUUGCCAAGUCAGUUCAAGACUGGAGAAAUACAAAUGCAGAUGAUAAGCUCAAGUGGACAUCACAGUAUGAGAAAGAAAAGGCGGUAUAUGACAUCCGGUAUAGUGAUUAUGUGAAGCAGCUGAGCCCAAACCAGUUAGACAGUAUAAAGAUUUUAAAAAAGAAGCGAUCUGAUGAGAAAAUUAAGAGACAACAGCGACGUGAGAAAAAGAAGGAAUGUGAAGAACUUGGGAAGCCCAAAUAUCCCGGAAAUGCCUUCAUGCUCUAUUUGUCAACACUAGAUAGAGGAGAUGCACCAGCUAAGGAGUUUAUGUCUGGAGCAGCUAAACAGUGGAAUAUGUUACCAGAAGAAACGCAAAUUGUAUAUCGCGAAAAGGCAAAGGAAAGCUUAAAAAUAUAUCAGAAUGACCUCGCAGAAUGGGAAGUUAAAAUGUUGAAAGCUGGCAGAGCAGAUUUGGUCCGUGUGAAUCAGCUCAAAGAAGAAUUUUUAAUCAAUCGCCCAUCCCAAAAGGGUAAAAACUAGGGACUCGCAUCAGGUGAUGGUGAGGAACAGUCCAUUAGUACUGUUGUUGACUUCUUACCCAUUUUCCAUGAUCCAAUGGUGACGAAUAUUUUUCAGCACAAACCAAAGAAAAACAGAAAUGACCAGGAAACCCUAGCAGAGUCGGUAAAAAUUAGGAAAAAAGCAGUCUCAGAAAUAUUAAUAAAGAAAAAGAGAGAGCAUUCAGCUUUUGUGGUUUCUGGUAUGGAAAUGGGCCAUAAAAAGAGGAAGAAAAAGAAAAGGAAUGGAUGUGAAACUUCCGAUAGUAAUCAAGCCAACUCUGUUAAAGUGGGAAUAACGGGAGGGUUAACCAGUGAGGUUAUUCCAUCUUCAGAACCAUUCUCUGGAAAUAAGCUAGCAUCAGCCGGUCAAAUGCCGGGUGAAGUGGCUUUGAAUAAGAAACCAGGCUUUGGACUUUCCAAAUUAUCACUUGAGAAAAUGAGUAUCCAGUUUGGAAGUGUGGGGGAAAGUAUAUGCAAAAACUUUGUUGGUAAAGAUUUUUCUGACGUGCCAUUGAUAUUUGAGAAAGCAUUCAGUAUCUAUGGGGAAUGCAGCUUUUUAAAUGCAUAUACCAAGUUUUGUAAAUCUGCUGGUAAUUUUCAUGAACUUGAAGUAACCAAAUUGCUGAAAGUGUACAUCAAAAGAGAAGAAUUACUGGCAAGCAGUGCUAGAUUGCAGGAAGUGUGGGUUUCUAGCAAUGUAACGAAUUUCUCACAAACUUCAAGACAACGUUAUAGAAGUAUAUAUGUCGCUGAAAUUGACCUAAUAAAUGUUAAGGAUGAUAAACAGCUCUUGUCCAGCCAUACUGCACCAAAAGAGUUACUGGUGCUGUCCCUCAGUGAAAAAGAGCCUGCAAAAUCAUCUGAUCUGGAAGGUAAACUGAAAUAUUUAGGUUGUGCAAAGCACGGCUUUAAUUUGCCGGCAGUUGUCUCAGAAUGUUUAGUCGAUGAUGGAUGUAUAUCUAGGAUUGUACAUACGUUGGGUGACCAGUCUUAUUUGAACGGACUAAAAUUCAGGGUACUUCAUAUAUUAGUACAAAGCGAGGACACAUUUUUCAAAGAUAAAGCUGUUAAUCUAGCUCCCAUUAAUUCUAAAGAUGUCAUUAGUAUGGAAGGAGUUUCAUCUUUCCAGUGUCAUUUAUCUCAUGUUAAAAUAUUAGGUAAACCUGUACAUUAUCCAGUGAUGUCAUUGUUCAUUGAUUCAGAUAAUCAUUCUUGUUGCCUGAACUUAAGUCUUGCACAUUUUUUAAGCAUGAUAAUGAUAAGCAUAAUUUUAUACUGUGUAAUUAAAUAAAUCUAAAUAUACAUGCA